GUUGGCUGAGAUCUAUCAUAUGUGUUUGUCUCGCGCCCGUAUUUUGGAACGUUGCCAAGGCACCUGGGUCGAAGAUUUAAUCAACAUUCUGUCAGACAUUUAUGGUCAUCAGAGUACAUUAACGGUGGAUUUUUAUGCCAGAGAAUUUCAAGAACAAGAGUGUCUAUUGAUUGCAGAACUCUUUGUCAAUAUUUCCUCUUGUUUGAGCGGAUGUCUGGAAUUCGGGCAAACGGUGCUCGCGAUCUUGGCAGCAUCAUUUCGAUACUGGGUUCCAAAUGGAUUUAAUGUCCUCCUCGAUGGUGUUGACUCGGAAGAUGGUGAACAUGAUGGCACAGUUGCAGAAACAGAUGAUUCCGGUUUUUGCCAAUUUAAUACGGAAGGAAAUUUUGAAAAUGCUAUUUCUUUUGUCACAGAAGACCAAGAAGCAAUAGUAAUGACAAAAAAUGGAGAAAUAGAAAGAGGAGAAGGUAAUCAUGAAGAUAAAAGUGGUGAACUUGAAAAACCUAAAGAUGAAACUGAAGAUACGAAUGAAUAUGAAGAAGAUGGUGAUCAAGAAGUAGAAGAAGAAGAAGAAGAAGUAGAAGAAGUAGAAGAAGAGGAAGAAGAAGGAGAUGAUGAUGAGGUAGUUGAAGAAAAUGAAAAAUAUAAUGAUGAUGAGAACGAAGGAAGUUCUCUUGAGGGCAAUAUUGAAGAUGCCCCUCGUGGCUCUAUCAGUCCAAGUGUCAGCAAGAAU